AUGUUCUGUAUGCUAGGUGGAAAGCGCUCACUGUUGAUGCAGCUUUGCUCAUUACCCGCUCCUUACUAUUUAAAUAGCGCGCUAAUGGACAUUUUGAUGCCAACUUUGAUGGCGAUUUGUUAUAAGAAUCAGAUGGCAGUAGAUCUAAUCAGUCCAUCGCUCAGCUCGAAAACGUUCGCUCGUUACCUUGAAGUAAGCACCUUAUAUAUUUAUAGAUGCAUGAAAAUGUCAUUGGGGGCUUUUUUCUCGCUAUUUUAUAUUGAAGUUUUUCUCAUUGAUAACUUGAAAUUUUGGUUUGCAGCUGCAUUCCUGUUUCCUCUUCCCUCUACCAACCAUCACUUUGGUUUCAAGUGACC